CGGACUAAAAAAACAAAAUUAAAAAAAGAAGAAGAAUUAUAAAGAAAUCAGAAUUAUAAGCCCCAAAUAGUAAAUCCCUUCUCCGACUGCGACUCCCUUCUAUCGCGUUCUUUUCUCCGGCACAUCCAAGUACGAUCGGCGGUUCCCCUUCCAGCAACUCUCCGCCAGAUUUUCCCACCUUUGACGGCAAUCAUCACCGUUUGACCACCCUCCUGCCCGGCGACCGGAAACCUAAUCCCUCGCAGCUUCUUCUCCGGCCACGUCUCCUACGCUCCAGCCUGCGCUUCAGCGUUGAAUUAAAUAAGCAGGAUUAAGCGUUUCCUGACACCAAUCAGCCAAGAUUCGAGUUGGUUUGAGUUGGAUUCAGUGGUGGGAUAAUUCAACUCACGGUGAUAUAUAUAGAACAGUUAAACAAGUACGAAGGGUUCAUUGUCUCCCAAAUUCUCUUAUUUUGUUGACCCUCGUGUUCACUUCAUAUUGACUGAGUUGGAGGUAGAGAAAUAUGCCUCAGAGACACUCAAAAAACAACAAUGAUCUAGCCUUCUUCACCUAUGAUGAGAAGCGGAAGCUUGGCUAUGGAACACAAAAAGAGAGACUUGGAAAGGACUCGAUCAAGCCCUUUGAUGUCUGUUGCCUAUGCUUGAAACCCUUCAUCGACCCCAUGUGUUGUCAAAAGGGUCACACGUUUUGUAAAGAAUGCAUUCUUGAGUGCCUUUUGUCACAGAAGAAAGAUAAUCAAAGGAAGCUUGCUGCAUAUACUGCUCAGCAGAAGCAAGAGAAGGAAGAAGCAGAAGAGAAACUGAUGCAACAGAAAGCUAGAGAGCUUGAUGCAUUUGAUCAGCAAAAUCACGGUGCUGUACCACAAUACAACGAUCGAAACCAGAGUCAGGAUAAAAAUGGUUUCCAUGGGGCAAAUAGUGUGAAGGUUACCUCUUACGAAGAAGAAGCACUUCGGACCAUGAAGGCAUUUUGGCUGCCUUCAGCCACACCAGAAGCUCCUGUUAAAGCAGGAGCCCCUCCAAGCAGUACAUUUUGUCCAGAAGGCAACGAGAAACUUAAGCUAAAGUCCCUUUUUUCAAUACAUUUCACAGAGGACAAUAGCGAGAAGAAGAAAUCAAAAUCAUAUGACGUUACAUACAUAUGCCCUAGUUGUAAGGUUACUCUAACAAACACAAUGGCUCUUGUGGCGCUAGGGACGUGUGGCCAUGUCUUCUGUAAGAAAUGUGCUGAUAAGUUUAUGGCAGUGGACAAAGUUUGCCUUGUCUGCAACAAAGGAUGUAAAGUAAGGGAUUUGGUGAAUUUAGAGAAAGGAGGCACAGGAUUUGCUGGCCACGGAGAUGCACUUGAAGCAAGAGACUUCAAGCAUUUGGGAAGCGGUUCUGGUUUGGGGCUGGUAAGGCCUGCCAUGAAGACUUAAGAGUAAGUCUUUGAUUAGGAAACUAUAACCACUUGCCUUGGCUACUUCAUGAUUGUGAUUUUCUUACAUAAAUCCCUUUUCCUUUUUUAUUUUCUUAACUAAUUAGUGUGUGGUCUUGUAAAAUGGAAAUAUCAAUAUUGAAUCUUUACGUUCUUUACGAAAAGAAAAAAGAAGUUUCUGUUGCUUUUAAA